UCUCGCACAGGCCGCCCGCUCACUUCCCGCGGAGGCGCUCCCGGGCGCCGCGCUCCGCGGGCGCCGCCUGCCCCCUCCCGCCCUGUUGCCGCCGCCGCCGCCGCGCACGCCGCGCCCCGCAGAGCCUGGCUUCCUCCUCGCUAGGGUGGCGUUGGGCCGGCGCGGGCGCUCAGUUGACUGCAGCUACUCCGCUCCCCGCCCCCCGCCCCGCGCGGCUGCCAGUCGCUUCGCACAGGGCUGGAUGGUUGCAUCGAGCAGGGUGGCUCCAGGAUGUUAGGGGCUGUGAAGAUGGAAGGGCACGAGAGCAGCGACUGGAACAGCUACUACGCCGACACACAGGAGGCCUACUCCUCGGUCCCGGUCAGCAACAUGAACUCGGGCCUGGGCACCAUGAAUUCCAUGAACACGUACAUGACCAUGAACACCAUGACCACGAGCGGCAACAUGACCCCGGCUUCGUUCAACAUGUCCUACGCAAACCCGGGCCUUGGCGCCGGCCUGAGCCCCGGGGCGGUGGCUGGCAUGCCGGGCGGCUCUGCGGGCGCCAUGAAUACCAUGACGGCGGGCGUGACGGCCAUGGGGACGACGCUGAGCCCGGGCGGCAUGGGGGCCAUGGGCGCGCAGCCCGCGGCCUCCAUGAACGGCCUGGGCCCCUACGCGGCUGCCAUGAACCCGUGCAUGAGCCCCAUGGCGUACGCGCCGUCCAAUUUGGGCCGCAGCCGGGCUGGUGGCGGCGGAGACGCCAAAACUUUCAAGCGCAGCUACCCACACGCCAAGCCGCCCUACUCGUACAUUUCCCUCAUCACCAUGGCUAUCCAGCAGGCGCCCAGCAAGAUGCUCACACUGAGCGAGAUCUAUCAGUGGAUCAUGGACCUCUUCCCCUAUUACCGGCAGAACCAGCAGCGCUGGCAGAACUCCAUCCGCCACUCGCUCUCCUUCAACGACUGCUUCGUCAAAGUGGCCCGCUCCCCGGACAAGCCGGGCAAGGGUUCCUACUGGACGCUGCACCCGGACUCCGGCAACAUGUUCGAGAACGGCUGUUACUUGCGCCGCCAGAAGCGCUUCAAGUGCGAGAAGCAGCCAGGGACCGGGGGCGGGAGCGGCGGCGGCGCCAAGGGCGGCCCUGAGAGCCGUAAGGACCCCUCGAGCGCUGCCAACCCCAGCGCCGACUCGCCCCUUCAUCGGGGCGUGCACAGUAAGGCCGGCCAGCUAGAGGGCGCGCCGGCCCCCGGGCCCGCUGCCAGCCCCCAGACUCUGGACCACAGCGGGGCGGCGGCGACAGGGGGCGCCUCGGAGUUGAAGACUCCGGCCUCCUCGGCUGCACCUCCGAUCAGCUCCGGGCCUGGGGCCCUGGUGUCUGUGCCCCCCUCCCACCCGGCGCAUGGCCUGGCACCCCACGAGUCCCAGCUGCACCUGAAAGGGGACCCUCACUACUCCUUCAACCACCCUUUCUCUAUCAACAACCUCAUGUCCUCCUCGGAGCAGCAGCACAAGCUGGACUUCAAGUCAUACGAGCAGGCGCUACAGUACUCGCCCUAUGGCACCGCACUGCCCGCCAGCCUACCCCUCGGCAGCGCCUCGGUGGCCACGAGGAGCCCCAUUGAGCCCUCAGCCCUGGAGCCAGCCUACUACCAAGGUGUGUAUUCCAGACCCGUUCUAAACACUUCUUAGCUCCCUGGGACUGGGGGUUUGUCUGGCAUGGCCAUGCUGGUAGCAGGAGAGAGAGAGAGAAAGAGAGAAAUCAACAGCAAACAAAACCACACAUACCAAGCCGACAGCAGCAUAGUAAAAUCCCAACUAUUUUUAUUUUAUUUUUUUGUGCACAAUCUUUCCCCCAGUACAAAAGACUGUUACUUUGUUACUGUUGUUCCGAACGCUUUGUGUAUAUUACUACAAAAAAAAAACAACCCCAAACCAACAAAAAUUUUUCCUGCAAAGUUUAAUGAUCCACAAAUGUAUAUAUAUAAAAUCCUCCUACUUCCUUGUCCCUCUCCCUUUCUUUCCUCUUCCACCUGCAGACGUGUUCUAGUCUGUGCAGGAUUUAUUUAAAAAAAAGAAAGAUGGUCAAGCUUGUAAAAUAUUUGUUUGUGCUUUUUUUUCCCCUCCUCACCUAACACCCAUCCCCACAUACACACACACAGGUGUUUACAGGUCUAUGGCAAUACUCUUAACCAUAAGAACUGAAAGGGUGGAAAACAAGUAGACACUAGGGCUGUUAAAAGUAUUGAAGGACAAUGCUGCCAUUAUGCAGCAAAACAUAAACAGAUUAUAAACAUCAGAGCCACUUGUUUUUCAGCUUACAUUUCGGAUACGUUCAGAUAGCAGGUGUCUUAAAAUGAAAUACAUAUAUAUCAUAUAUGAACUUAUGCACAUGCUCAGCUAUGUACAUCUUCCAUAUAUUUACAUAACAUAUAGAGGUGAUAGGUAGGAGAUAUACAUGCUCUUGAAAGAGUUGCCUGACCAAGAAGUUACAAAGGCACCCUCCUCCCCUCCUCUCCACCCAUAUAUAGCCCUGGGAAUCAAUUCCUCGAGAAUUGCCCUCCUCAAUAACUCUGUUCCUUGCUUUGCAGAGGGCCAUGGUUUUAUCAUUCUGAGGUCACAUAACGUGUAAAAUUAGCUUCUAUGUAUCCAUACCAUUUAAAGGAUAUUUUUU